CGGGAGCAUUUCCGGUUUGUGGGAUCCGCCGCUGGCUGGUUGGAGGUGGUGUCGGCCACCCCAUUCGGGAUUUUCCCACACUUCUGCACUUCGUUCCCGAACCUCAGCCUCAGGAUCGGCAGCCUGCACCCCGCGUUCCAUCUUUCUUCUGAGACCUCGCCCUCCUCCAGGAAGAGCAUUCAGGAGACCAGGAAAAUGGCCACGGAGCUCCUGAAAGCCAAAAAAGAGGCACGCGUGGCGUUCAGGGAUGUGGCUGUGGACUUCACCCGCGAGGAGUGGGGUUUGCUGAGCCCUGCGCAGAGGACCCUGCACAGGGAGGUGAUGCUGGAGACUUACAGCCACCUGGUGUCGCUCGAAAUUCCAUUUUCCAAACCAAAACUCAUUUGUCAGCUGGAGCAAGGAGAAGAGCCCUGGAUUGAGGAGAACCCGCACCCGCUGGGCCUUUGUCCAGGAUCAAAGCUAGAAGUUGAGCCUGGGCCGCCCUGCCCGCGGGCGCUGUCUGGUCAGCAAGGCCUCAGCCAGCACGUGUGGCCCGGCCAUCUUCCUCAGGUCCUCUCAAGUGUCUGUACAGGAGCUCCUCUCUGUCCAGGGAAUCGCAGUCCGGAAGGUCGGAAACAACUCUUUGAUCAAGCCUGCUUGGGGGACGGAGCCGAAUUUCAAGAGGCAGAAGACUGCAAGCCCUCGUUCGGGAGAGGAAGCGGAAGAGGCCCCUGCGAGGUGCUGUCCGGCUCACUGCAGGCACGGCCGUUCGGGUCCGGGGAAGACCGCCCGGGGCUGGGGGUAGGGCCCCGCCUAGACCAGAGGACGGACCUUGAGGAAUCAGACAGCGGAUCACAUGGUGUACAAGUCUCAAGAUUUGGGGCAGUCAGAUAUGGGGAGUUUGGGCUGAGGGAGUCAGACCUGCUCAGCCUCCAGAAGGUGCAAACAGGGGAGACAUCCUACACGUGCACUGAGUGGGGAGAGAGCUUUAGCGACGUGUCAAUCAUCAUCAAAAACCAGAGGACCGACUCUGGGGAGAAACCUUAUGUGUGUGAGGAGUGUGGGCGAGGCUUUACGUGGAAGUCAAACCUCAUCACACACCAGAGGACACACUCAGGGGAGAAGCCUUAUGUGUGCCAGGAGUGCGGGCGAGGCUUCACCUGGAAGUCAAACCUCAUCACACACCAGAGGACACACUCAGGGGAGAAGCCUUAUGUGUGCGAGGAGUGCGGGCGAGGCUUUACUUGGAAGUCAAACCUCUUCACACAUCAAAGGACACACUCAGGGGUCAAGCCUUAUUUGUGCAAGGAGUGUGGACAGAGUUUCAGCCUGAAGUCAAACCUCAUCACACACCAGAGGGCACACUCUGGGGAGAAGCCUUAUGUUUGCAGGGAGUGUGGGCGUGGCUUUCGCCAGCAUUCACAUCUCAUCAGACAUAAGAGGACACAUUCGGGAGAGAAGCCUUAUGUGUGCAAAGAGUGUGAGCAAUGCUUUACCCAGAAGUCACACCUCAGUAGACACAUUAGGACUCACACAGGAGAGAAGCCGUUCACGUGCGCAGAAUGUGGGCGCCGUUUUAGCUGGAAAUCAAACCUCAAGAUACACCAGAGGACGCACUCCGGGGUGAAACCUUACAUGUGCCUGGAGUGCGGGCAGUGCUUUAGCCUGAAGUCAAACCUCAACAAACACCAGAGGUCACACACGGGCGAGAAGCCGUUUGUGUGCAGGGAGUGUGGGCGAGGCUUUACCCGGAAGUCAACCCUGAUCUCGCACCAGAGGAUACACUCAGGGGAAAAGCCAUUUGUGUGCAUGGACUGUGGACGAAGCUUCAGUGAUAAGUCAACCCUCCUGUCCCACCAGAGAACGCAUUCAGGGGAAAAGCCUUUCAUGUGCAGGGAGUGUGGUAGAAGGUUUAGUCAGAAGCCAAACCUGUUUAGGCACAGGAGGGCACACUCGGGUCGUGUGUCCUUUGUGUGCAGGGAGUGUGGGGAGCGCUUCUGUGAUAAGUUAACUCUCAGCACACACCAGAAGGUACACUCCAGGGGGAAGCCUCACGUGUGCAGGGAGUGUGGGCAAGGCUUUAGUCGGCAGUCACACCUCAUGAGGCAUCAGAGGAUUCACUCAGGAGAGAAGCCUUACAUCUGCAGGAAGUGUGGGCGAGGCUUUAGUCGAAAAUCAAACCUCAUCAGACAUCAGAGGACACACUCAGGAUAGAAACCUGGUGUGUACAGUGAAUGGAGUGAAAUCUUUAGCCAAGAGUCAUACUUCACAAGAUGCCAGAAGUCACACCUAGGGCUGUGGUUUUAGUGAGAAGUCAACAUUGCCAGACACCAAAGUAAAGACAAUGAUGUGUGACAGGAGUGGUCAUGAGCCCAAUGGGAAGAGUCGACACCUCCAGUCCACCUGAAGGAGAACUACUGGCGCAUUUUCAGGACUCUGGCUUCCCCUGGUGGGUAUGGAGGGUUGUAGAAGAUCAGUUAGGUAGCUUGAUGGAGGGAGCACUUAAAUAGAUUGAAAUUAAGGAAUGGAGACUAUUCUAAGGUCAUUCCCCAAGAAUACUGUUUUUAAUUUUUUUAAUGUUUUAUUUAUUUUCGAGAGAGAGAGAGAAAGAGAGUGUGUGAGCA